GAGGAGCAGAACCCCGCCCCAUCCCGCUGCUCUGCUCCUCCGCUGUGCGUGCGAGGGACGUCAGGGGCGGCGCCGCAGCAGUUACCCCUGGUAACGGGGGAGGCAGAAGGAGGAGGAGGCAGAGGAGGAGGAGGAGGGACUCGGCUUGAGGAUGGGCUUGCUCUCUAUUUUGCGCAAACUGAAAAGUGCACCAGACCAGGAGGUGCGAAUCCUUCUCCUGGGCUUGGACAAUGCUGGCAAGACGACUCUGCUGAAGCAGCUUGCAUCUGAAGACAUCAGCCACAUCACACCUACACAGGGUUUUAACAUCAAAAGUGUACAGUCACAAGGUUUCAAGCUGAACGUAUGGGACAUUGGCGGACAGAGGAAAAUCAGGCCAUACUGGAGGAGUUAUUUUGAAAAUACGGAUAUUCUCAUAUAUGUAAUUGACAGUGCGGACAGAAAAAGGUUUGAAGAGACGGGUCAGGAACUAACGGAACUGCUGGAGGAAGAAAAGCUAAGUUGUGUGCCCGUGCUCAUCUUUGCUAACAAGCAGGACCUGCUGACCGCAGCCCCUGCCUCUGAGAUUGCCGAAGGGCUGAACCUGCACACCAUCAGAGACCGAGUCUGGCAGAUCCAGUCCUGCUCAGCUCUCACAGGCGAGGGCGUCCAGGAUGGCAUGAAUUGGGUCUGUAAAAAUGUCAAUGCGAAGAAGAAAUAAGUCUGGACCAGUGGAGCCGCAGGAGCUGUGGGAGCCGAACCCGGCCCUGAAAAAUCACUGGUUUGCUGUUUCUCAUCUGUGCUCAGCCACUGCUGUGUGACCAGGGGACAACAGCUUCAGAAGAACCCUUUCGAGCCGUAGAUUUUAACUGAUCUCCAAGGUUCAGUAUCUUUUUUCAAAUAAAGGAAUUAUAUUAUUUCCUCUGCA